AUGUUCAAUUGUUUCCGUGUUGAACAGCAGUUGGCGAUGUUAAAGCAUUACACCUGUGCUGCUGUGCUGCUCCUGAUAGCGUUUGGGCCGGAUGAUCUUUCAGCCGCCUCUGAGAGCAGCUGUCCAGCCUCCGCUGGGGUGCCGGGCACACCGGGACACAACGGCAGCCCUGGACGGGACGGCAGAGAUGCCAGAGAUGGGCUUCCUGGGCCCAAAGGGGAGAAAGGAGAUCCAGGAGUUGGUGCUCAGGGACCUCCAGGUAAAAUGGGACCAGCCGGUCCUAAAGGAGAGAAAGGAAAUUCUGGUCCACCAGGCAGUGAUGUUCAAAGCACAAUAAUGGCAAAACUUCAGUCAGAUGUCAAAUACCUAACAGACAGACUCGCUGUCGUAGAAAAAGUCUUCGGAUUUAGCAUGUUCAAGAAAGUGGGAAAGAAAUUUUUUGUGAGCAAUGGGCUGGUGGCGAAUUUCCUAAAGGCACAUAGCAUCUGCUCUGACGCUGGGGCGAAAAUUGUCCUGCCACGAAAUGAAGAUGAAAAUAACGCGCUAGCGUCAAUGAAAUUCAACUCUGGAACUUCAGUCUACAUUGGUGCAACAGACAUAUAUGAGGAAGGCAAUUUCGUAGAUAUGACUAACCAACCUCUAACUUUCACCAAAUGGAAAGAAAAUGAACCAAAUGAUUAUAAUGGGGCAGAGGACUGUGUAGUUAUUGUAGAAGGUUUAUGGAAUGACAUUAACUGUACUCAUGAGAAGCAUGUGGUGUGUGAACUAUAA